AUGACCUGGUCCACGUCCUUUCUCGUGGCUACUUCUUUGCUCUCCAUCAUCAACUCGGUCCAUGCUCAACUAACAGGAUCUGUUGGACCCCUGACCUCCGUUAUAGAUAAGGCCGCUGUGAAGACCUGCAACGUCUGCGACUACGGAGCCAGCUCGGACAACACCACCGGUGUGGGACAGCCCAUUAUCGACGCCUUCACCGACUGCGGUAGCGGUGGUCUCAUUCACGUCCCUGAGGGUGACUAUCUUUUGAAAGACUGGGUCUCUUCGGAAAACGGCUCCGCGUGGUCUAUCCAGCUCGAUGGCGUGCUCCACUGGGACUCCUCGCCUUCCGCCCAGUCGUACAUAUUCGCGAUAACCGGUGGCAGUGACUCUGAGCUUUCUAGUUCAAAUGCAACGGGUGCAAUUCAAGGUAGCGGUUACCUUUACCACCGACAUAAUACGUACACUAGUCCCCGGAUGCUGUACAUUUCCGGGUGUCGGAUUGGACCGUUCAUGACCUGGUAUUGGUCAACUCGCCUAUGCCCCACUUUGUCAUUGACGGCGGUUACAAUGGAGAAGCGUACAAUAUGGCUAUCUGUGGUGGUGAUCACGGUGGUCUGGAUGGCAUUGAUUUUGCCGCUUCUCCUGAACGUGCAUUCGAUUUCAGGAAACGCUAAUGCGACGGCAGCAAGACCAAACUCCCACAACUUCCUGAUCGAGAAUAUUUACUGCAACCCCAGUGGCGGAUGCGCCAUCGGAUCCCUGGGUUCCAGUGUCAACGUCACCAACAUCCUCUACCGCAACGUCUACACCUGGGACUCGAACCAAAUGAUGAUGAUCAAGACCAACGGUGGCUUAGGCAAUGUAUCCAACAUAGUGUUUGAGAAUUUCAUCGGCCACGGAAACGUCAACUCCCUCGACCUCGAUAGUUACUGGAGCAGCAUGAACGCUAUCGACGGCGUCGGCAUCUACUAUCACAACAUCACAAUUUAUAAUUGGACGGGGACCGCCAUCGACGGUGAAACUCGGCCGCCUAUUCGGGUCAUCUGCCCUGAAGACAUGCCCUGUACCGAGAUCACGCUCGUCCAGAUUGACUUGUUGGUUGAGGAAGGUCGUUACGAUGAAUACUACUGCGCGAUUGCUUGCGGAUAGGGCUACUGCCUUGACUCUGCUACUAGCACCUUGACUACUUACACAACCACUACUUAUGGGAACUCUGCUUCAACAGGAUACGAGGCGCCCACUAUGGCUGAUGAUUUGGCCACCGCGUUUGGUACAACGGCGUCUAUUCCUACCCCUACUACCCCGGCUUCGUUCUUCCCCGGUGUUGCGCCGGUUAGCGCCGUAGCUGGGAGUUCUUGA